AUGGUAACAAUUCGAGCUCGAUGGUCGAAAGAGAACUUUCUUUUGCUGCUUCUCUUUGACGCCGUUAGAGAAAGAUUUUUGUCAUAUUGUCAAAAGCCAAAAGCUAAGUUCAUUUGGGGGAAAAUGGAGAUGUUUAGAAGAGAUCAGCCGACCGAUGAUGUUCCGGUGACGGAGCAAGCUUCUUCUAACGAAGAAACUGGACUGGAAGAGCCUAUGCGGCAGUUGUCGGUUGGCACUGAAGCAGGAUCUUACCCUGAACGGCCUAACGAGCCUGAUUGUAGUUAUUACUUGAGGAACGGAAUCUGUGGCUAUGGCUCUCGUUGUCGGUUUAAUCAUCCUCGUGAUCGGAGUUUGGCUGUGGGAGAAAGAAGAGCUACUGGAGGAGAAUACCCUGAGAGAGCUGGCCAGUAUGUUUGCCAGUACUAUAUGAGGACGGGGAUGUGCAAAUUUGGUGCUUCCUGCAAAUACCACCAUCCAAGACAGGGAGAGGAAUCUCCAAGCCUGGUGAUACAUAACAUUUUUGGUUACCCGUUGCGACCGAAUGAAAAGGAAUGUGCACACUAUAUGAAAACAGGGCACUGUAAAUUUGGUAUCAUUUGUAAAUUUAACCAUCCACAACCAACUGGUGUGCAAGUUCCAGCAUCAGCAGCUGGACCUUUUCCUUUGCCAGCGGUUGUUCCACCGCCGGCCACUUAUCCAGAACUGCAACCUCUUCCUGUUGAUUCAGCUGAACAAUAUGGAAUAAUUACUGGCAACUGGCCAGUUAUAGGGCCUGCUCUGCUUCCAGAUUCCUAUAUUCCUGACACAUAUGGUCCUAUGCUUUUCCCCCCUGGAGUGGUUCCCGUGUCGGAUUGGACUCCUUAUCUGGGUUCUACUAGUCCAGUGCCAUACCAAACUACUCAGUCUGCAGCUGGAGCAGGUCCAGUGCCAUCCCAAACUACUCACUCUGCAGCUGGAGCAGGUCCAGUGCCAUGCCAAACUUCUCACUCUGCAGCUGGAGCAGGUCCAGUGCCAUCCCAAACUACUCAGUCUGCAGCUGGAGCAGGUCCAAUUUAUGGUCAUACACGACUAUCUGCUUCAGCACCUGCCUACGCAAGCUCAUAUGCAUCUCUUACUGCUUCUCGUGGUGCUUCAAGCAGCAUCCAGGAUGGACUUGCAUUUCCGGAAAGACCUGGGCAGCCUGAAUGUCAUUAUUACAUGAAGUAUGGGGAUUGCAAAUUUGGAUCUUCAUGUAAAUACCAUCAUCCACCUGAGUCAAGUGGAUCAAAGGCAGCUCUUAUCCUCCGUGCUAUGGGUCUUCCUCCUGACCUAGAGGAGGUUGAACAUGUAUUUUUAAGUCACUGUAUCAAGUAUUGCUUUUAGAAGAUCUGACACGGGUGCAACAACUAUAUUGGAGAGUCCGUGUAACAUAGUUCGUCAAGUCUGUGUACAAGUAUGGCAAAGAAUGACAUUCCAUGUAGUUGCGUGCAGUGGUGGGACUGCUCCACCCUUAACAAGAGGUCUCGGGUUUGAGCCUAUUGAGAAAAUCCUAUUGGGAGCAUACCUCCGAAUGAGCCCUGCAGUGCACCAUCCGAAUUUAGUCUGGGCUCCAAUGCAGGCUGCGGAUACCAAGUGGAAACAAAAAAAAAUAGAGAAUAUCAAAACUCACUCUCUUUUAGAGA